AUGACUUCAAUGAUAUCAGAUACGGAAUCAAAUGUUAGUGGAUUUAUAAAAUAUAGUGAUAAAAAUUUCAAGCAUCUAUAUUCAUCAAUGAUUAAGAAUAUGGAAAUAAUUAACCAGGACCUACUGCAAGUUGAAAAUAAUAUGAAGAACAUUGUCGACCAGUCAGGUCCUCUUGAAAGCCAACUGUCAGCACUUUUGCAAAUAUUGCCCAAACCAAAGCUCAAUCUGCCCAUGGAGACUGAA